GUCGGUAUUAUGCGAGUCAAUGUAGAGAAAGUCUUGGAACGUGAUCAAAAACUAUCGGAAUUGGGCGAGCGAGCUGAUGCAUUGGAAGCUGGUGCAUCACAGUUUGAGCAACAAGCCGGUAAAUUGAAACGCAAGCAGUGGUGGGCCAAUAUGAAAAUGAUGAUCAUUAUGGGUGUGAUCGGUGUGGUGCUCUUAAUUAUCAUAAUUGUUUCCUUCCUGCCAUCCAGCGGCAGCAGCCCAAACACGCACAAUGAAGUCCAAAACGGUUCUUCUUCACCUUAAACAAGCUCAAAUGAUUGCAGUGGCCUUGCGGUUCAUGAUUGUUUUGUUUGAACGCCGUCGAAAUCGUGAUUUACAAGCACAAAAUGCCAGAACACAAUCAAUAUGUAUUGAACCGAAUUUUUUAAACAGAGCUCUAAAAAAAUAUCUUAAAACAGUAUACAAAAAUAUAUAUACAUGCAUAAA